UUGAAGUUCGCGCCUCUGCACCUGGACACACAGUUACCAAGAUCUCGACUCACACAUCUUUGUUCCUGCACUGAGAUUUUGGCCCCUGACAUAUCUAUUCCAGUCGGGCUGUGCAAGGCUGUAAGGAACCACCAAACUCUUGCUUCCAAUUUGAGUUCUAGCAUCAUGUCGAGCCUCAAACACAUCAUGGAUGUCGACGUAGAGCCGCUCGAGUCCCAGGCCUAUAGAAGGAGGGAAGCCGCUCAGCAAGCCUCCCAUCCCACCAUCGCUCAGACCUCCGAGUCACCCUCCCCGCCCAUUGACGAUAGCAGCAAAGGCAAGACUCCUAUCAAGAGGCGCAAGUCAAACAGAGUCUCCAAGCCAGCAGGUCAAUCGUCCGCCGCGCGACAGAACAUUGCUCGGCGACGGAGUAGCGCUGGUGGAGAGACAAUGGACUUCACCUCGGGGUACCAAGCUGGAGGCUCUAAUCAGGCGAGCAUGUCUGGAAGUCCUCAGCAGUCUCCAAGAGGCUCAGAGCCUGUGGCAGAUCUGCCUGUCAAAUAUACGCCAGUCACCGGACGUCUAAGUAGAGCGAAGAAGGGAGUUCCGGUUCACACCUGUGAUAUAUGCAGACCGGUAAAGACGUUCACGAGAGCAGAGCAUUUGAGACGCCACCAAUUGAGCCAUCAGAAACCAGCAUAUCCAUGCACGUUUGAAGACUGCGAAAGGGCUUUCCAUCGGCCGGAUCUGCUAGCUAGACAUCUGCACAGACAUGAAACCCAAGGAGAAAAAGCCUACAAAGCUGGAGAUCCAAGAAGUCGAGCAUCUUCAAGUGCAUCGGAGAGCAGGACACCUUCCCUCAAAGUCGAGCCACCUUCACUUGGGCCUUCUGGAGCUGGGACACAAGCACCGCCUGAGGAAUCAAUGACACCACGAACCAGUGGGAGCGACGGAAGCAAUUUGACAGCUUCCAGCUACAAUACCAUUACAGGCAGCUUUCAGGCCAUCAAUUUCCAGGGGUCCGCUGGUCACAAGAGAACUGCCGGCCAAGCUCAAUUGCCAGAUGCGGAUUCAUAUCCAGUGUCUUCACCUGGGGUAGGACCAUCGAACAGACAACCAGGUGGCUUCGGCAACCAAAUGUCAAACCAGAACACUUUUGGGGCCUCAGGAUUGGACGAGCCAUACGUUGAAGGAGGGAUGAACUACACCACUACUCCCCAACUACCACUGCUGAGGAUACCAGAAGAUAGCUGGUAUCCAGGACUCUCCUACAGUAACUCACCCUGGUGCUCUUCAGCAUCAAGCAGUACCUAUUCUACGCAAUCUGACGGCUCUCAUACUGGUCCACAGUUGUCUUAUACCAGGGGUCGAUCCCUCUCGGCUGCGACCCUACCGGAUUGGCCAGCCCCAGCUGCCGCGCCAUACUGGACUCACGGGAUGACCAGCACUCCUCAGGAUAUCAGGAGUCCUGGAGGCUUUGUCGACUCCUUGCUUGACACAUAUGAAACACCCUUCUCGUCGCCAAGAAUCUCUACACCUGUCUCCCGAGCACAUCUCUUGAACAUCCCUACCUCAGUAGACGGAUUUUAUAAUAUGGAACCAUCAUCAGUGGGUACUCCAACCCUUCCGACAUUUAGCAAGCCUUUGGCUCAACAUUUUCCAGCAUCUAUUACACCAAGAUAUUCCAACAACUCCGGAUUGGAGAUCCUUAGAGGAAAGAAGGAAUUGGUGGAGCCCCAACAAUUGACUUCAUUCGCUUUAAAUGCUACACCAACUUUCCAACCACAGCCUUCGUUUGACGAGUAUUUAAACACGUAUUGGCAAUGUUUUCACCAAUCCUUCCCCAUAAUUCACCAACCUACCUUCGACUCAACCCAAAGCAAUCUACUUACCUCUGCUAUGGCCGCAAUUGGCACGCAGUAUCAUGAUUCACCCGAAGCACGCGCCAAAGGAGCCGAGUUGAACGAGUUCUGUAAGAAAGGCAUUGAGCUAUGCCCAUCUUGGGAUCUUCAUACCAUGCAGGCAAUCCUGCUGACCGAGAUCUUCACUCGGUUCCGGGGACGAAAGACAACUGUUCGAAUAUCGCGACCCUUUGAAGCACUCUAUGUCAGGUUAUUGAGCGAGACAGACCAGGGCCCAAUAUCAAUGCCAAGUCAGAGCCCAGCAGUUGCAUCAUCUGCUGAAGCUCUUCUUGGUCGAUUUGGACCUCAGCUUGAUACUCGCGUCCCUCCUGCGCCACGCCCUGAUGAUACUAGUGAUUGGUACCAAUGGCUCGAAAAUGAAUCACGGCAACGUCUCCUUAGUGCUUGCUUCAUGUUUGAUGUUCAUCAAUUCAUGUUUCAUCAACAAUCUCGCUCUCGCGCCAGCCGUGAGAAUAUCAGGUCUCUGAUCUGUCUCCCUUGCCCAGAUAGCCUCUGGAACGCCACUACUCCAACAGAAGAAUGGCAAACCCAGCGAUCUGAGUAUAUACCUCAACCGCUUCACCUAAUCGAACAAGAACUUUCGUCUCAACCAAUUGCCGAUACAACUCCAUUCACUCAAUCUCUCAUAAUAUGCUGGUUCGCGGCAAAACUACCUAAUAGAGAGGAUCCUCGCUAUCCAAACAACUUCGUCCCCGGGUCCAUUCAUCCCGAUCUACAAACCUUCAUGAACAUAUUUCCGACAUCGCCACAUACACUCACAUAUCUUGCGCUUUAUAAUACACCACUGUACAGUCUCCUAGCCGUUGCAGGUGACACCUGGGUCUUCGCUCAAAAAAUCACCCCUCCUUCCGAGUUUCACGACGCACAGUACCGCUUGAAAACAUGGGCCACCUCUUUCGCUGCCGCACAAGCCACCCAUCACGCCUGCCAAGUUCUUUCCCAAGUCCUCUCUCAACCUGUCACGCUUUCGUCAGAUGGUCGUAUCAAAAGCACGCUCUCCAUUUCCGACUACUGGUCCUUGUACGUCUGCGCCUUGAUCUGCUGGGCGUACGGUCACAAGUACCAGAACCUGGGCACCGCAGCACUUUCUCGCAGCAGCUCAGACGGCGACGUCUCAAACAUGAACGUGGACAUGAUCUCACUCUCCGACGAAACAAGACUCAAGGCGCUCAAUUACACCAACGCCAUUCUCGAUAUGAGUGUCGAGGACUUGUGGACCAAUAAAAGCAUCGCCAACACAAAAGGCGAUACUUGCGGUGUCAUCGACGCUGUCCGCCAUCGUCUCGAGAUCGAGAGCGUGGGCAACAAAUCUGGUCAUCUUGUCGAUGCUAUCGUGGUACUUGGCAAGAUCAAGAAAGGGGUUCGUGGGAAAUGGUUUUGAUCUCUUUCCCUCCUACGUUUUCUAUUUGUAACACUUCUUGGGCGGCAUUCUGGUGUUCUCUUCUCAUUUCUAGGUGUUUUUCUUUCUGUUUUUGGUUUUCCUUUUCUUAUCUUGGGAUAGAGAGAUGGGCUUUUCUUACGAGGUUAUGAGACGGAUGAAACAAAAAGAAAGAGUU